AUGGACACCCUGAGGAACCGGACAGUGGAGGAGCUCCAGGAGCUGCAGGAAAAUGCAGAGGAGAUCGAGCGCCUGGUGCUGGAGUCCCAGGAGGUUCAGGAGCUGCAGCUGGAAAGGGAGAUGGCCCUUGCUGCCAAUCGGAGCUUGGCCGAGCAGAACCUGAAGUUCCAGGCGCCGCUGGAGACGGGGCGCACAGACCUCUCUAACAAAUACGAAGAGCUGCAGAAGCUGGCUGAGCGGUGUAAAGAGCAAAAGGCAAAACUGGAGAAAUUUUCAGCAGCAAUGCAUCCUCAGACCUUGCUGGAUCUCCUGCAGGUGGAAAGCCAGAAAAUCGAAGAGGAGUCUGAGAAAAUGGCUGAGAGGUUCCUGGAGGGCGAGGCGCCCCUGGAGACAUUUCUCGAGCAGUUUUCCGUGAUGAGGAAGUUGUCCCACUUGCGCCGGGUCAGAGUUGAAAAGCUGCAGGAGAUACUGAGGAAAUCAGAAGCGUCGCAGGAGCCCGGCAGGGACUCUCAGCAGCAGCUGCCUCCUGCCCCGCCGAAGCCGCAGCCCUUCCCUUCAGGGGCUCCUUCCUUCCCCUUGCCCUACGGCCCAGCCCCGAGCAUGCCGGUCGGCCCCACAGCCCAUGGAGCUCUCCCUCCUGCUCCUUUCCCUGGCUCCCCGGUCACCCUCCGGGAUCCCCGCCAGCGCAGGCUGCCGACGCCGCGCCGGGGGAGACCGCAGUGCCCCUACCCAACCCAGCCCCCUCUCCCUAGUUUCCCCAUCCCCCCGCAGCCUCCCUAUCCUCCUGGACCGCCCCCACCCUUUGGGUACCCCCUGCCUCCAAACCCUCAGCGCCCUGCUUGGCCUGGCUACUGA